AUGUCAAAUUCUAUUGUCCAAGCAUUUAAGAGCUUGAAUGUUUCUUCGGCACAUAGUGUAUCGGAGCAUGAAACAAUAUACGAUGUAUCUUACCAAUAUUUGUCAAAUAUCAAAGAGUUUAAUGACUUAAUAUCUUUUCAUAAUUGUCUUGUUGCAUUAAUUAAUUUAGAUAGAUAUCACAAAGCUCUUGAAUUGAUCAGACAAGUUCCAGAGGAUGUGCAUAUCGAAUUUGUCCUUGAAAAAGCAUAUAUCUAUUACAAAACCGGCAACUCUAGAUUAUUGUUAGACAUCUACAAUAGCAAUGAUUUUUCCAAUAACCCUAUAUUGUCGAGAGCUUUGAAACACAUCUUAGCGCAAGACUACUAUAGAAACGGUAAUAAUGCAAAAGCCUUAGAAUUGUACGUGCAAUUGAUUCAAUCUAAUAAGGAGAUUGAUAAUUCGUUGGACUUAUCAUGCAAUGAAAGGGCAAUUAUUCACCAACAGAACUUAAUGGAUUCUAUUGAUAUCCCAUCGUUGACUAAUUCUUCAAUUGAGGAAUCAUACGAUUUAUUAUUUAAUGACUCUUUAGUUCAUUUGUCUAAAGGAGAAUAUGCUACUGCAUUAGUCUUACUUAACAAGGCAGAACAGAAAUGUCAGGAUCAGAGUGACUUAUUGCACGAAGAUGUGUUGUUGGAGUUGGCUCCAAUAAAAUUAACUAUAGCUUACAUUUACCAAUUUACUAAUAAGACGGAAGAAGCAUUGAAAAUUUUAAAGGAAUUAGAACUUGAACCAAUUAAUGAUUUAAUUGUCAAGUUGAUCUUAUCAAAUAAUCAUUUUUCAAUAACGGGUAAGAACAGCGAUAAUCUUAACUUUAUGCAUCGUGAAUUAAACUACCAAUAUAACUUACAUCACUUACAACAAAAGUUAACAAAGCCACAAUAUCAUGUUUUAGUUAAGAAUCACUUGUUAUUGUCAUUCUUUUCAGGAAGUUUAUCAAAUAAGUCUUCCUACUUAAAUUCUAAAUCAAUAAAUCAAUGGUUAGAUGAUUUCCCGGGUGAUUACACACCUGUUAUGUACAAGGUGCUAAUCAAGUUAGGUAUCGAUAUUAACGAUAUUUCAAACUCGUUAAAUCACAAGCAAAUUUCAAAGAAAUUAUUUAAAUUUGUCUCAGCCAAUAACGUGGACCAACAGGUAAUUGCAGCUACAUUGUUAUUGGUUUUCAUAAAUUCAAAGCAAAAUCGUUUUGAUCAAUCUAUGAUUGCUUUGGAAAAAAUAAGCAAUUAUCAAUUCGACAACGAAAAAGUUUUGCCAGGGUUGAUUGGUAUUUUGAUUAAGCUCUAUGAGCAACUAAACUUGACCAAGAAUUUGGAAGCAUUAUUUAGUAGACUUGUGGAGCAUUUUACGGGUACUGAUCAAAAAUUAAUCAAAGACGAUAUAAAUUACUACGACUUUGUCAAGAUCAUUGGGUUCAAAUUAUUGAUUCUUCAAAAUGAAAGUUCAUCUAAAUUGUUUAGCUUAUUAAAUAAGGUUAAUCCUGAUGAUGAGCUUGUUUCCACCGUUUUAAAUAACUCCUCCCCCUCAAAUUUAUCACCAAUUUCAAAAUUAACCUCCUCCACCCCAUCAGUCGACGAAUUAUUAGCAACAAGUAUCGAAACCUUGAUUCCAAUCAGAGAACAACAAAAACCUAUCACCAAACUAAAACCUGCUGUAAACAAGGUCACGAAGAAAACCAGGAAACCAAAAUUUUCUUCCUCGAAGGUUGUGAAACCUGAAGCAGAAUUUAAUCCUGAAUCGUUAGACAAGGAAAGAUGGUUACCUAUGAAGGUUAGAUCUUACUACAAACCAUCUAAGAAGGAAUUAAAGAAGAAACUGGGCGGACAUCAAGGUGCUGUAGAAACCCAAUCUGCUGCGCCAGUUACUGCAUCAAAUGCAACCAAUACAAGUUCUAAUAAAAACAAGAAGAAGAAAAAGAAGGGAAAGAAAUAA